CAAUUUCUAAUUCCUCAAAGCCGAAGACACAGUGAGGUCUGACGGGUUUCGACUUUCGACCACCUGCGACUCCCGCAGCACUGACGGCGGCAUCAGGGGUUCAAUAGUUCCCUUGUAUUGAUUGGGUUACAAAAAUCUAAAGUUCUAGUUCUGGUUUUCUUUGAUCACUGGUGUAGCCGGUCAUGUUGAUUUGAAGAUUAAAGUUAUAACAGCUCCGUGUGCUCACCGUUGUGCUUCUGAGGAUGAAGAUUCUUGAAGCAAAUGCCGGUGCACUUACUAACUUUGAGGUGCUUGACUUUCUACGAUCAAGAGGUGCAGGAAAUGAUGCUACAAGGGUCAUGGUUCCUGUUUUACCAUCUGAGUUCAAGGUUUAUGAUUACUUAGAGCGAACUGCUGCUUGCAAUCAGACAAGAAAGAUUAUAGAAGAAUUUUUAGCUAAAUGUAAACAAUUCAAUCUUGCAAAAGCUGAGAUAUUGAACAUAACCAACAUUAGGCCAUCCUCUUUGGUUGAAAUUGACACGAUUAUUGAGGAAUGUGAUACGCGCUUUGGGGAAAAUGAAGAAACUAUUAACGAGCUGAUUGAAACAAUCACCCAGGUCUUGCCUCCUCCUCCAACUGAAAUGAAUACGGAUACAGAAGCUGCUAAGGAUGCUGGAACUGAUUCUCCAACGCAAAUGGAGACUGAUGCGCAAGCUGUUCAAGAGCAAGCAGCUCCAGAUGGAGGCGACUAAAUAGAAAAGCUGCUUACUUGGAAUGAAGAGUUUUAGUUAGAAUUACGUUUGAUUAGUGGAUGCAAACAUCAUGUGAAAAUGGAUGUUUUUCUCCUCCACUACUAGUUACAACCUUAUAUUUUCAGUUCAACAUUUCGCCAAUCAAGAUUGCUUUGGUUCUGUUAGAUUAAGUUAUGUUGCAAUCCAUGUAGAAGUUGUGUUAAGAGAGUUC